AGAAGGUAACGUGCAUCAGAUCUGUGUUCAGGGUUAAGAGGGAACACUCAGUAAGUAUUAGUAUUAUAAAUAUUAUUAGGGUUAUUAAGUAUUAUUAUAAGUAAUAUAAGGGUUAGAGUUGGCGAGUAGACAAGUGAAUAGCAAUGUGCAGGAAGACGAGGAGGACGGCACCAUGUUCCUCUCUGGAGGUUCUGCUGAGCACCGUGACCAUCGUCUUGUUUGCGGUGUGUGUCGGGCUCAUCGUCGUGUCCUUUUUAGCGCUCCAAACAGGUAACGAAGGACAAACAGGAAGCAGCAACUCGUCGUUCAGUGGAACUCUGACCAUCUCAGAGGGAGCGAGUUUCACUGAGGAGCUCAGGAACAGUAGCAGUGGGACCUUUAAAUCUCUGGCCUAUGAUACGCAGCUUCUGAUCACCGAAGCAUAUGAACUCGGCUCAUUAAACUCGCAGUUCAGGAGCUGCAGAGUGACCAGCUUCAGUUCAGGAAGUGUGAUAGUGCACUUCACUGUGCUGUUCAGGGAUGUUGUGGAAGUAACAGUGGUGCAGCAGCAGUUAAUUUCCGGUUUACAGAAUAUUCCAGACUCAACACUCAUCAUAAACAGCAGCAGCAUUCACGUCACAGGUACGUCAUCACCGCUCACACUCACGUCACAGGUACGUCAUCACCACUCACACACUCACGUCACAGGUACGUCAUCACCGUUCACACUCACGUCACAGGUACGUCAUCACCGCUCACACUCACGUCACAGGUACGCCAUCACCGCUCACACACAUUUUAUUUCUAACACCAUCAUCUUCUCUCUUAUGUUCUAUCAGACAUUUCCACCACACAGAUUCCCCCUACAGCUACACCUGAAACAGGUGAGUGUCUCUCUGCCUCUCUCUCUGACUAUCUGUCUGUCCGUCUCUCUGUCUGUCUGUCUGACUGUCUCUCUCUCUGUCGUGUGUGUGUGUGUGUGUGUGUGUGUGUGUGUGUGUGUUUAUGCAGUUAAAUGUCCUGAUGAACAGAAAUUUUGCAGAGACAAUGUAACUUGUGUUCCUAUAAACCUCUUCUGUGAUGGAGAACCAAACUGUCCCAACGCCUCUGACGAGUCUCACAGCACCUGUGCGACGGUGUGUGAUGGACAGUUCCUGUUGCUGGGGCCGAAUGGAUUUUUCCACAGUGAUAAUUUCCCCCUGGAUUAUGACAGCAGUACAGAAUGUCUCUGGAUCAUACGUGUUAAUGAAGGACUGAGCAUAAAAAUCGAUUUCGAGACUUUUGAUACGGAGCAAGAAUUCGAUGUUCUGAAUGUGUACGAGGGAAUCGGAGCUGCGAAAACACUGGAGUACUCGCUGUCAGGUUCGUCUCCUGGAGUUGUCUGGAUUUUGUCCCAUGAGGCCACAGUGAAGUUCUCCUCUGAUUUAAUAUACAACCAGCGAGGUUUUAACGCUACGUACCGAGCAGAGAACCUCACACACCUCAGCAAUGAGGCGAAGAUAAACUGCUCGUUUGAGGAGGGAUUCUGUUUCUGGAGACAGGACGCUGAUGGUGAUGGAGACUGGAUGAGGAAGAACGGAUCUUCUUUGCCUGCUCUGUCUGGACCGAGCUUCGACCACACGUUCGCUAACCAGUCCGGGUACUACAUCAUAACUCCGACGAGUCCCGGAAGUUGGGAGAAGAUUUUCCGUCUCCGCAGCUUCCCAUUGGCUCCUGCAACAGAAUCGAUGUGUCUGAGGUUCUGGUAUCACAUGUUCGGUGAGAACGUUCGGCGUCUGACAGUAAACGCAGAGAGAAACUCAAAUGUCAUGAUUCUGUUCCAGAAAGAGGGAAACUACGGAAACAACUGGAACUACGGACAAGUAACCAUAAAGGACACGACCAAUCAAACAAUCGUAUUUGAAGCGCGAAAGCAAGGCACGAGGAACGAUAUUGCACUAGAUGACCUCAGCAUGACCUCUGGGCCGUGUGGACUGUCGCCACCUGACCCGACUCACGUCCCACUCCCGACCACGCCUCAUCCAGGACCAGCUGAUUGUGGAGGUCCGUUUGACCUUUAUGCAUCAAACUCGACCUUCAGCUUGCCAAAUUAUCCUCACGGCUAUGGACACAGUUUAUCAUGUGUGUGGAUUUUACACGCCGAACGAGGGCAAAAUAUCCGACUGCAUUUUCAGGACUUCUCUUUAGAGGCAGCGUAUGACGUGUUGGAGAUUCGUGAUGGAGUUGCGCCGCAUUCUACUUUACUGAGUGAGAGAGAGUUUCACAUCUCAAAACAUCCAACAUUCACUCCUCUGUCCUUUCAGCAUCCUGUUUACAAUCUGAAUUCAUUUAACAUUAAUCACACUGCGGCUACAUGGGAUAUAAAUCAUGGGAAUGUUGAAGGUGUGUUAACGGGCGAGCGUGAUUUUCCGGACAUCUUCUCCACGACCUCAGAGAUGACGCUGAUGUUUUUCUCAGAUUCUUCUGGAAGUGAUCGCGGAUUUCUCGCUAAUUUCAGCACGGGCUUUAACCUUGGCCAACCAGAGGCGUGUCAGGCUGGUGAGUACCAGUGUAGAUCCGGAGUGUGUGUGUCCACUGCCAGUGUGUGUGACGGCAUCAGGAACUGCCCCGACAUUUCAGACGAGGCUAACUGUGGUGAGUUUACAUUACCCAUAAUGCACUGUGGUGAGUUUACACGACCCAUAAUGCACCGUGAGUUAACAUUACCCAUAAUGCACUGUGCUGAAGUUACAUUACCCAUAAUGCACUGUGCUGAGGCUACAUUACCCAUGAUGCACUGUGUGCAUUUAUCAGCAGCACAGUUUCCCGGAGCUCCUCGUCUGAAGAUUGAGAUUCAGAGCCGUCUCUACAUGGCGUGUUCCUCCGACUGGAGCUCUCACUUCUCCAACUACUUCUGCAGAUAUUUAGGCUACAGAUCAGGAACCGCUUCAUUCGUGUCUGUUUUGGGUGAAGAAGCUCCCUUCGUCAUGGUAACUCAGGCUGCUGAUGGCUCAGUGGAUGUCAAACCCAGUGAAAAAUGUCCCAGUGAGAAGGUCGUAUUGCUCCACUGUGAUAACCAACCGUGUGGAAACCGGAAGGUGAUAAUGAACACGGAGUCAGGCUGGUCCGUGGUGAGAGAGUUGAGAGUGAAAAUGAAGGAUGAAAUCAGAGAAGGUGUGGAAGGGAGGAUUGUGGGAGGAGAGGACGCGGUAAAGGGAGCAUGGCCGUGGAUCGCCUCGUUACGCUGGACAGGACGACACGCCUGUGGAGGCACAUUAAUCGACUCACAGUGGCUCGUUACGGCCGCGCACUGCGUUUACGGGAAGAGCGUUCACCUGUCCAACUGGAACGUGAUUUUGGGUCUUCAUGCUCAGUACGAGUCCAACACUUCAGACAGACAAAAUCAUCAAAUCGACCAGAUUAUCAUGAACCAAAACUAUAACAGAAGAACUAAAGACUCAGAUAUCGCACUCAUACACUUACAGAACAAAGUCAACUUCACAGACUACAUCCAGCCGAUCUGCCUGCCGAAUUCUGCUCAGCAGUUUGCAGCAGGAAGAAAGUGUGUGAUCGCAGGCUGGGGGAGAUUAACUGAAGGAGGUACUGUAGCUGAUGUAUUGCAGCAGGCCGUGUUGCCCCUCAUUAAUAACACUGUGUGUCAAGUGAGACUUCCUGAAUACAACAUCACUGAACGGAUGGUGUGUGCAGGAUACCCUGAGGGUGGAAUUGACACUUGUCAGGGUGACUCUGGAGGGCCGCUGAUGUGCGAGGAGGAGGAUGGGUCUUGGAUUUUGGCGGGUGUGACGUCGUUUGGUGUGGGCUGUGCUCGACCUGGACGUCCUGGAGUUUACGCACUGGUCACACACUUCACAGACUGGAUACUGGAAACUCGACGCCUGUACACACACUGGGAUGGAGCGAGAUGAGGACAUAGUGGAAGGGAUGCUGUAAAUAUUGUCAAUUUCUAAAUAGUAUAUUGUUGUUUUUUAGAUGUAAUCAUGAUAUUCAUGCUGAUGAUAAAAUCUCACUUGUGUACAGGAGCAGGUUCUCAGUUCAUUAAACAAUGUAAUUGAAUAAUCAAAUAAUAGAACCAAAAGCUUCUCUGAUCAGGUGAUUGCUGUUUUAUUCUUUAGGCUUGUAAUCAAGUGGCUCUAAAUAAAAUGAUUUUGAAACAACUUCAUCUGUGAUUGUUGUCUCGUGUGAAGAAUUAUGGUGUGUCAUAGUGCUUCUGUUCAAAAGAGAGAAGUGGAAUUGAUUACAGGACCUCAGUCUGAGAGCUCAAAGUUUACCUGAAGCACUAAACCUGCUGUAGGGACCAGAGACAAAUUGAGGACCUGUAACAAUAUACCUGAAGUCCAGAUCCACAGCCUGACCAUUAUAUAGUGCACUACUUAGGGAGCAGUUUUAUAAAUCAUAUGCAUUUAUAGUGGAGAAUAUCCAACACAUUCCCAAUAUCCCACAAUGCACUGCAGUACUGAAAAUCUGCUCACUUGCACAACUUAGAUAACAAUCAAAUAAUUUUUACACUGUUUCGAAUAGUAAAAUUAUCAUCAUCAUCAUCAUCAACAACAACAACAAUACUACUACUACUACUACUAAUAAUAAUAAUAAUAAGCAGUUGGCUGAAUUUAUUAAUAAACACUGUACCAUGUUAGCUGGCUAAUCAGGGCUUUUGAAACCAACCAUGAAACACUCAUAUCCCAGAAUCAGUGGAGCA